AUGGCGGAUGAAACAACACCAUUGGCCGCGGGAAAUUCGGGCUACGUAUUGCUGCCACCUUAUCAAGGACCAGGACCUGAUUAUGUAUUUCCGGGUGGAGUUUCACCACGUUCACGUCGUAGUAAAAUCAAACAGUUGCAAUGUUGCAUGGGCAUUACCAUUGUUGUCAUAGUUAUUGCCGCUUUGUGCCUGGCGUUGGCUUUCAGUAAUUCCCUUGGCAAUGCCAAUGAAGAUGGUAGUCCUAGUUUCUUUUUCGUAACCACAAACGAGACAUUGGAGCCAACUCCAAAGAAACCGCUGCCCGAUGAGCCAGAGGCUGAAUGGGCCUUGAAAUCCAGAUCUGAGACAUUGAGUCGCCAAGAAGGCGCCCAGGCUGUUAGUGCUGGCAUCAAGGCACUGGGUGAUCGGGAAAUCUUUGAAGAAGGCCUUCGGCCGAGUGCAGUGAACACACCAGCAUUUCGUCAUUAUCGUUCGUUGAGCACCAAUCCGGAGGCCCGUAAAUUGGCCCGACGCGGCUAUGUGGAGAAUCAUGCUACGUUUGAUAUUGCCAAGAGAUUUAAUUACACCAAGAAUCCGGGACGCGACAAUAUCGGAUGGGGACCACGUAUAGUGCUGCCCGAUCCGACUGUCUUGCGUCUCGAUUGCGAUUUCAAUUCUCGUUAUAGACGACCAACGGGCGUAUGCAAUAAUAGGGAGCAUCCGCGCACAUACGGAGCUUCAAUGGUCCCCUAUCGUCGCAUGGUGUCGCCGGAUUAUGAGGAUGGCAUUGCCAGUCCUAGGGCAAGCCAUUAUGGUCGUUUACCUUCGGCCCGUCAAGUCUCCUUGAAUAUACAUCGAUCAAGUUAUGAGACGGAUUCGAAUUUCACUGUAAUGCUGGCCGUGUUUGGCCAGUUCAUGGAUCAUGACAUAACGGCCACUUCGCUGACCACGUCUCAGGAGGGCGAAUCGAUUGACUGCUGUGUAGAGAGCACACGUGAACAGCAUCCGGAAUGUUUUGCCGUGGAAAUUCUGCCCGACGAUCCCUACUACAAGCAAUACAAUCUCAGUUGUAUGAACUUUGUCAGAUCGGCUCCGGCGCCCACUGGCAGAUUCGGUCCCAGAAUGCAACUGAAUCAGGCCACCGCUUUUCUCGAUGGCUCCGUUGUCUAUGGCAAUCUUGAGCAGCGCCAGAGUCAACUGCGAAGCUAUGCCAAUGGCACCCUGCGCAUGUACCUAACCGAUGAUGGACGUGAACUCUUGCCCAUAUCCUCGAAUCCUGAUGAUGGAUGUAAUCGUGUACAGAUGACACGACAGGGAAAAUAUUGCUUUGAGUCGGGCGAUGAUCGAGCCAAUGAGAAUCUACUACUCACCUCAAUGCAUCUAUUGUGGGCCAGGCAUCACAACUAUCUUGCCAGGGGAUUGCAGAAAACCAAUCCGGAAUGGGAUGAUGAGCGUUUAUUUCAGGAAGCUCGCAAGAUUCUAGGAGCGCAAAUGGCGCACAUAACGUACAAUGAGUUUCUGCCCGUUCUACUGGGUCGCAAUCUAAGCGAAACAAAGGGUCUACUCCCCUCAAGCCAUAAUCUUGAUGAACCCGAUACAUAUGAUCCCGAAGUGAAUCCCACUAUAGCCAACUGCUUUGCCUCGGCUGCUUUUCGAUUUGCCCACACCCUUUUGCCGGGACUCUUUAAUGUGUCCCGUGACAAUAGUACGCCCGAAGCCAUGGAGCUGCAUAAGAUGCUCUUCAAUCCGUUCUCAUUGUGGAAGGAGCACGGAAUCGAUCAUGCACUCCUUUCGGCCGCCAAUACCCCAGUCAUGCAAGUUGAUCGCUUUUUCUCUCUAGAAGUCACCCAAAAGCUGUUUCAAGGAACCGCCGAGGAUAAGGUCCCUGUAUGUGGACUGGACUUGGUCUCGCUUAAUAUUCAGCGUGGCCGAGAUCAUGGAAUUCCCAGCUAUCCAGUGUUCCGGCAUCAUUGUCGUCUUCCGCCCGUUGACACUUGGGAGCAGAUGGCCCAGGCUGUGGACAACUAUACGCUUGAUUCCAUUAAGCAAAUAUAUACAUCGCCCCAAGAUGUGGAUGUCUAUACCGGUGCGCUUAGUGAACCGCCAAUGGAAGGCGCCAUAUUUGGUCCUCUCCUCAGCUGUAUGGUCUCGGAUCAGUUUCUUCGGAUUAAGCUCGGCGAUUCUCAUUGGUACGAACGCAAAAUAGGGCCACAGCGGUUCACAAAAGGUCAAUUGGCAGAGAUCUAUAAGACAAGCUUGGCGGCCAUCAUCUGUCGUAAUUCGGAUGGCAUUACACGGAUCCGUGAACACGUUAUGGAACGUCACCGAAUGAAUGGCAAUCGCUAUGUAAACUGUCAUGAUCUGCCGGGCUAUGAUUUUGAUUUUGCUCCUUGGGCAGAUGCCAAACAAUAUCCAAAAUUGCACAAGGCGGGCUUCAGUCGCUCUAUGACGUUGGUGCGAGUAAUGGGAGUGGAGAAUAGGUCACUUGACAACGGCAAUGUCACCAUUUCUAACUGA